GUAGUUUUAUUUGAUCCUUACAAAAUUAUUAUGGAAAUGUAUCAAACGACCUUCGGACAGACAUAAAUAUACUUAUAUAUUUGUAUUUUUCCUUGGGGCAUUUUAAAUGCUGCAUGUGAAAAUUUUGUUUGAUAAAAUAAAAUAAUGUUUUAAUUUCAGUGAUUCAAUUCCAGCACGAACAAUACUUUUGUGUUUGUUAGAACUUAACUGGUAAUGGAUGUUUUUAUAAAAAUCCUCCGAUGUUGUGAGUUCAAGUACAUUGUAUGUAAGACGCUCCACUAGAUUUUUUUUUAAAUUUUAUUUGGCUUUGCUAGGAAACAUUUGACAAAAUAGUAUAAUCUAAAAAAUCGUUAGUUUUUUUCUCCACAUGAGAUAACUUCACGAAAUCAUAGCUUUUCAGGUAUUUUCAAUAUAAAAAAAAUUCAUUUUCAAUAAAUUUUUUUGAUUUUCACAUGUUUAAUUGAUAUACAAGGACUUGGUUUUGACGCUUUAAAAAUCGGAUUUUUUGUUUCUAUUCAAAUUUCAUAUAUCUAAGUUUAUAAUUUCCGAUAAAAUCGUGCUUAUUCUGCGCGGCGUGUGAAGUGAGAAGAGUCGAGUCGUCUGUGUCACCCAAUUCCCGUCGGCGAAUGGGGUGACAAGAGUCGAUGUGAAUGAACUCCGAUGAACUCUCACUGCAUUCUCACGGUCGAUCCAGAUCGACAAAUGUCGUACACAAGUGACGUUUUCAUGCGAGAUUUGUCGAUACGUCCGGGGUUGUCGAGAGCGUUUGAAAAUAAAAAAUGGAAGUAAAGCGGUAAGUGUUAUAUUUUGUUUGUUAGCUUUUUUAAUAAUGUAAUUGGUAAAAUUUUCUAUUGUAGCGUACGUGUUACCAAUCGGAAGCAGUUCCAGUUGCUUGUGGACCAAAUGGAAGCCCAUCCGGCGGUGGCCAAAGGGCUGAAAUUUUGUGUGGAAAGCGGAUACCGUAACGAAGCAGCAUACAACGGUGUGUGGAAAAAUAUUGCCACCGAACUGAACAGCAUGGGACCGCCAAUACGAUCUCCUAAAGAAUGGCAAAAAGUAUGGACCGAUUUCAAGCUGAAAAUAAAAAACAAAUUGGUUCACAACAAACGCGAAGCCAAUGCAACUGGUGGAGGACCAAAUAAAAUGAAAGUUUUGUCCCCCAUCGAAGAGGCAGUUGCAAAGCUUUUAUCGCUUGAUAAAACAGUAAACCAUUCUGGUUCCACAUUCGGUUUACCCCGUCAUGUAACAAGCCCUAUCAAUCAACCGGGAUCGCCUCUUCUUUCAAGUACGCGGCAACAGUUGGUGAUUGAUGAGGCUAACUUAUUAGAAGAAGAGGAUCUACCGGAGUUAGACGAGCCAUCCGAUGAAGAAGUGGAAACCGUUGAGAACACCAGCACCCACCGUAGUACCGAGCGCACCACCAAUACAAAACAACGUAAGCGACAAGAUAAAAGCAACCAAGAUUUGCGGAAUGAGUUGCUGGUAGAACAGACCAAGUUAAUGAAGAAGAUAGCGGAGAACUCAACUGAGUGCGCUCGUUACGCCCGCAAGAUGUACAAGUUAAGAGAGGAAGAGUUCAAACAUCAACGCGAACAUUCACUACGAAAGGAAAACGAUAGAAAGGAAGAGUUGGAGUUCAAAAUGGAGCUAUUAAAAUACAAACAAAGAAAACUCGACCUUCUGGAGCGUAGGGAGAGGAAGCAUUGAAAGGUAAUGUUUAAAGUUUAUGAUAAGGCAUUAAAAUAAGGCAUCGCUCUAAUCGUUAAAAAUAAAACAUAUCUGAAUGAAAUAAAAUGAAAACUAAGUUGU